AUUACUCUAUACCGUGUGUAAUGGCCUGCAGGAUGAGGUACGGUGCAGUGGUGCUGCUAGUGCUACUGGUGGCUGGCAGUCUCGCCAUGUACGCCACCAACAAUGAGCGCUGUACGUGCGCCCCCGGACCGCCGGACUAUCUCUGCCCGUCGGCACCGCUGCUGCAGGUGUACCUGCCGCACGAGCUGUACUGCACCCGCUACUACAAGUGUACCGAUGGGCGUGCGAUCGAGUUCCAGUGUCCUUACGGAUUGUACUUCGAUACGCAGAACAAUACCUGUACGUGUGACUUUACGCAGUGCUACCGGACAGAUCCCUGCAUCGUGUUCGUUGAUAGCUGCCGUUGCUGCAACCGACAGUUCGAAAACACGGGCCUGGCGCCGGAAAAUUUCUACGUCUGCUACAACGAUGGGUAUGCGGUGGCGACGACCUGCCCGGUAGCGCUCGAUCCCUGCACUGGCUCGCAGGUGCAGCUACAGUUUGUAAAUCAAAAGUGUGAGGUGCCACCGCCGUCUACUACCACGGUGGCUACCACGACCACGACAGCGGCCUCAACUACGACAACAACAACCGAGGCUACAACAACGACCACCACGGAAGCUACAACAACGACGACCACGGAGGCUACAACCACGACAACCACGGAGGCUACUACAACGACGACGGCGGCCCCGGUAGCAUAG